CACCUCCUCCUGCUCCAUUCAGCUCUCUCUCUCUCUCUCUUCUCCUCUCUCUCUCUCUCUCUGCCUACCAGCCUGUCUCCAGUCAGAAUUAGAGGAGGCUUUUUCUCAAUGCAUGCCGCUCUGAGGGGGAUGCACAGGCGCAUGAAUGUUGUGAUCUUAUCUGCUGAAAAUGAGGCAAAAAGCGCAUAAACGGUAAGGCAAACAGAGAAGUGCAUGCAUGCUUUCAUCAGCUGUUCUCAGAUGAGCGUGUGUAGUUGCCUCGCCACUCUUGUGAAAAUCAUGACUGGGUUGGGUGAUACGUGUGUGCAUUCAACAGUGCAGCAUGUUGGGAGAUUCUGAGUACAUGUUGUGCAGCGUGUUCAAGUCAACUGCCGCUUUUUGUCGCUGUAAUCUCUGCCGCAAAGGGAGUGAGUGUUAAAGUCAGUUUGGUUUAGUUGGAGAAAAAAAAACCUGUGGACGCUUUUGUGCUCUGUCAAUUCAGCUGUCACUUGGAUUUUUUUUAACCGUCAUCUGAAUAAUGAGGCGCCAACUGUUUUCCCAUCUCUCAAUUAACUUCCACCGGAUGAUACCGUAGAGAAGCAGUCAUGGCCAAACAAGCACAUCAUGAGAAAGAGAAAGUUGCUCUCAUUAAAACUGUGUGUGGAUGAAGUGAGAGGCAGCUAGAAAGGUAAAUCCAUGAGGUUGUGGACUUGAUUAGUUGAGGGGAGAACACAUGAUUAGUCUGUAUUUUUGAGAGUUCAUCAUGGAGCCUUAAGGUACUACUGUAAUCUGCAUGUCAGCGUAUUAGGAUCAUAACAUCUUAGAAAUUAAUUGCUUUCACCUCCAGCCUUCACCUGCAGUAAGUUAGGGAAACAUUGAUUUUUGAAGAUGAUACCCGCUUCCCGUUACGUAAUUAAAGCAAACAGCACCUCGGAUAAGUUGCUGUCCUCAGGGAAACUUUGAGACUGCCCAAUGCACAAUAGAAAGAGCAGGAUGAAUAUGAAUGAGGGGCGAGCAAUGAGUGUUAACCCUUUCAGUUGUGUUUUCUGUGCGGUGCUGGUAUGUAAAUUUAUGUAUCAUCACUUCAAAGAGGACACUGAUUUCGUGCAUGGCCUGAUAUCUCAUUAAUUGAACCUGUCAAAGUUAAUACGACAACUUUCUAAGCUUGGCUCAUAACAAAGGCGAGAUCUCUGGUGAUAUAACCCAAACUCUUCUGAAACUUUUGAUUCUUACGACAGCAAAAACCUUACAUCCAGAUUUAUAUCAAAUCAGCUCCACAGCAGAACACUGUGCAGGGCUACUUUAUAGUUUUUCGAAAUGGUUACUGUCAGAAACAGUCAGCCAAAACAUAUUGACAAAGGCAGUUUGUGUCUCUGAUUUAAGCCGAAUUAGAUCAAUGCUAGCUAAAUUGAGAAGUUAAGAAAAAACUUUAACUCAAGAUUUCCAACUUAAGGUUCUUUGCGCUCCUUGUUAUAUAAAUCACAGUGCUCUUAUAUUCUUUUAUUUCUAUUAUUAUUACAAUUUUUUCACAGCACCUUUAAGAAUAAAUCUGCUGAGACUGUUCACUCUCCAGCCAGUCAGAGAAAAUGCGUAGCCAAAAUGGUGCACACAUCAUGUUCUUGAAAAACAUCCUCCUCACCGACAGAUGGGAAAAGUUACAUACUGUAUAUUUCAGAUCAAUUUCAUAGAAAAACUUUUACAGUUUUAGCUCAGUUUGUCAAAGAAUUCAAUAAGUAGUUUCUUUGUGUACGUCCUGUGAGUAUAAGUUUAUUUUAUGAUAAAAUGUUCUGAAAAGUACAAAGAGCUUCCUCGAUUGUGAGCACAAGAGGGAAAAGUUGUAUUGACCUCACUUGCUGGGUAAGUUUUAAUUAGGUCUCUACAAAUGUUUCAGCUUUCAUUCAUCAGCUUUAUCCACCAAAGAUCCACUUCGCCUCCUGGCUGGGCCCCUAGGAGACAUCACCCCCCCUUUACUAGGCUUCUCUCUGACUUUGAGGAAUAUGCCUAAAGAGGCUUUAUUUGUUCUUUCUCCAAGCUAAGCACGUAGCAUCCAAAAGCAGAUGCUGCACGAGUGCUCCCUCCAGGUUAGCCUGCAGCAGUUUACCCCCUCUGCUCUCUUUCAUUCUUCUGUCUAAUUAUCUCUGAGACGAUGAGAUCACAGAUUUAUGCGGUGGCUGUUUGUGAGGAUGGACUGCGAGCAUCUGGAAAGGGUUGAUGAGGGAUCUGCUUUGGAGUGCACUCAAGAGGUUGGUGUUGUCUUUGAGUGUGCACAUGUAUCUGUAUUCUUGGAUUUAGCCCGCUGUGAAUCACAUGUCCAAGUCUUAAGUCUCCCUCUGUCUUUGAGUUCCCACCUCACCACCCUCGUCGCUCCCUGGACUAUUGGAGAUACGCCUGUCUGCCACACAGCAUUUAUGAGGCUCCAUCAAAGCCAACAGGACAGGCUCAGCUGAGCAACAUAAUCCUCUGGAGUGCACAUACAGGGGACCUUAAGAGUUGAAGUCCUUGUAACGUAUGUGGAGAGUAGGAUGUAUGGCAUUUUAAUGUCACAUAUAAAAUAAGAAGGAUAAAGCUCUUCAAAACAUAGGUUUGAACUUGAUCUCACUGGUUAAACACGGGCCCUUUUAGCUCUGACGGGUUCAUUUCUCUCUGUAGUGCUUAAUAAAAGCUCCAGCUUCUAUCCUGAUCUCUCGAGUUCAGGGUCAUGGUUCAAUCACUGCAGUUAUUAUAUCAACAAUAAAUUGUUGAUACAGCCUUUGUUGUGUGACGGGCUGCAAUAAAACAUGCACUUCCAUAAGACAAGAGGCCUCAGCAUGUACUAAACAAACGCACAUAGCACCCUUACAAGCUACGUGUUGCUGAAUAAAUGGUGUUCCUCUUGCACCCAUUACACUUCAAUAAAUACUUCAGUGCUCCCUGGAGGGCUUUGCAACACUGCUCUAUGUUCAUCCUACAUGCACACAACCUCACCAUCCCUCCUGCAGUUUAAUGCAUGGUGGAUUUCCAGAUGUCCAGUCUGUGCGGAGAUGAUAAAGAGACAAGACUCAGAGGUAAAAGGACUCGAUUUUCUUCUUCAAAGGCGUAAUGUGGUUGUCGUGGCUCUUUGUAGCUCUGUGUGCUCUGCAGUGUGGAGUUGAGAUGCUGUUAAACCCACUGUGGAGGGACAGGAUCUUGAAAACUGUCAUCUCAGAAGUUGUGAUUCGUAGUUUAAUCAAUUAUGCAUAAUGUUUGGAUGUUUAUUCAAGUUUUUUGAAGGGUUUGACUCGCAGUUGUUGAAGGGUAUGGCACUGGUAUAAAAUCUGCUGGUUUUUGUCCCUUUUUGACCCACCAUGUACUUUCACUAAACUCUCACUAGCAGCUGUUAUCAGUGGAUUUAGGAGAAUUUAUUAGACCAUAAAUUGGUAAAGUUCAUAACAAGUUUUAGAGCAGAAAAAGUACAGACACAGGUGAAAAUGCUUCAAUUCAGUGGCACCAUGGUGGUUAAGUGCUGGAUUGGGAAUGGGAUGGCUGCGGCUGGCUGGAAAAACAUGUGUCAGCACGUGAGAGGUUUAUUUUUGUCUACCAGAGAGAAAAGUUGAGUGACAGGACAAUGACAGUGUUGCUUUACCUUUCCACGUCUCCCCUUUGUUGUUGUGAUUGGCUCAUUGGAUAGGAUCACUUUUAAGCAAAGAUCAAAACCAGACUUGGUACUUCUUAGCUUCAAUCUCAUACACUGAGCGUCAGGAUCCCAUGGGUCACACAUUAUAAGGGUUCAUCCCUUAAUUUAUUGUUUGCCCUCCGAAAGGCUCGUUUUUUUGUUUUCAAAGCUUUUCACUAUUCAGAAAACUUAAAGCAUUUUUUUCUGUCUUCAGUAUUUGUUAACGAGCAAAUGAGGUGAGGAGACUUCUCCACACAGUGCAAAGUCAAUAGGAUACCAUGACUUUCUUGUACUCUAUUUCAAGAGAGCUUGCACUCUUCCAAUGGCAUAAACCACCACUUUACGGAGAUUUCCGUAAAUGUAGGUGGGCGAGGUUGGGUUAGAGUUAGGUGAGGUGGGCUGAGUAGGGCUGGUUUAGCUUGGUCAAGAUAACAACAACAACUACAACAAAAACAACAGCAAUAAUGCAUCAGAUCAGGUAGUUAGGUUGAGUAAUAGAUGGUUAUUAGACGUCUAUUUUUUUUUAGACCUAAUUCCAACCGUCUAGAUUCUUUAUAUUUUUAGACGUAAUUUAGAUGUUGCACUUUAACCUAUUAUUCAAUAACUAUUUGUUUCAAAAAGCAACUGCGAGUUGCAUAACUGACCUCCAAGUUCUUAACCAAAAUAAUUAUGAUAGCCGUUGAGCAAUAGACAGUUAGACCUCUGUUAGCCAGCUAGUCUAAAACUUGGUCUAAAUUUAGACGUCUAAAAAACGUUCAUUUUUAGACCUGUGGUAGCCUGAUUUUAGACCAGUUGUCUAGGCUACAUUUAGAUGUCUAGUAGACCUCUUCUAGUUAGAUUAGGUCAGGUUAGGUCAAAUUUAGUUAUCUUGGGUUAAAUUAGAUAAGAUUAGGUUAGGGGAGGUUUGGUUAAGUUUGGGUUACAUUGCACAAAAUGCAAGAUAAGGAACUAGCCAUUAGUAAAAUAAGAUAUAUAAGGUGAAUAAAAUCCUAUUUAGAAUCUGAAAAUACUUAAAUACAUUUGAAAAAAUGGAAUAAAAUAAGUCAAAAAGUACCAGCCAGGAUAAAAGUGUUCAUAAAUACUCAACAAAUACACAGAAUUUAGUAGCUGCAGCUUUAGUGCACCAUGACCUGUUAUACUGAUAGCGGCUCAGACAAAGCUGUUUUAGUAGUGAGUGGUUUCACAUGCUUGUAUUGUAUAUACACCCAGACAGAAGAAGAAUUUAUUCCCCAUAACUUACCAUCCUCUGUAACUGUCUGAUGUUCAGGAAUCUGUCUCACCAAUCAGCCCACUGGACAAAUUUCACAAUUUGAUUUAGACAGUUUCCAUUUUUUGAAAUCCGAGGAAAAAGGAAAAUCGAUUCAAUAAUCUAUUCAAGAUCAUUGAGGUUCUACUAAUGAGGAAAUAAGACUGUUUUCUCGAGUGGAAAAGGCGUCUGUGUCCCUUUUUAGAUCUGACAAGUUUAGCUUACUAUCAGCUGUUGUUCCAAGAUGCUCAUUUGUCUGAACACACCCAAAUAUGUUACCCUAUACGGCCGUGACUUUUUAUUUUAAGGGGAAGUAGUAAUUAGUCAGAUGAAGCUGUUUCUAUUUACAAUUAUAAACCCACAUCUCAGUCUAUGUUGUGUUGGAUCUCAUCAGUCUGUGCUGCGAUCUCUUGUCGUCCUCCAGCUGGCUGAGAGCUCAGGUAUGUCACGACUGUGUUGUCUUGGCAACCCGAGUGAGUGCUGAACUCAUUCACUUUCACAGGAUUUUAACAAUGAAGAAAUCUUAACUCAGCCUGUAGUCUCAACACGCACAUCUACAACUCUCUCCCUCUCUUUUCUCUCUUUUCUCUCGUGUAAAAACGUAAUGAAGCGCUAGAGCACAAUGAACGACAGGCCUGCAGCUCUGUGUAACCCCGCAGACUAUAUUUUCUACUUAUGUCAAGCAAAAUAGAAGGAGAGACAGAGGACACUGUGGGUCAAGUCUGGCUACGUGAAUCAUUCAGUCUCUACUGCAGUUCGGACCUCCACGCACAAAAAAGGACUCUAAACUUAAAGAGAUUUUACGGUCUGCUCUGGGCUAAAAAAAGGAAUUAAAUUUAAGAGGCCUGCUCAGUUGUUUUUUCUUGAUGAGAAGGGAAACAUCUUUGAACUUUAUUUCACCCGAUAAAUCUCAAGUCUAUUUUUUGAGUCGUUCCCCAGAAGGUAUUCCAGCGAAUCUUCUUUUUUACUUUGAAGUUUAGACAUUAAUGCAUUUUUCCAUCUUUAACCUAGAAAAAAAAUGUACACAAUGUCAAGAAGGAUCUUCUGAAUCACACUGCCAUGCAUUUCCUAAUUGAUAAAAAGGAGAAAUACAAGGAUAUCAAUGUCCAUGUAUUUAAUCUCACUCCAUCAGCUUAUAAAUUCUUCAAAAUAUUGUUGAAUUAAACAAGAAACUGUGAUUUAAAGGUCUUACACUCCAACAGAAAAUAAGAUGAAGCUGGCAUUUUAGCCUGAGGCAGUCUUGUGCUGACUGAACAUGACUGACAGUGCUGUUUUGGAGAUGCAAACCCAACCUGCAAUCUAAAGCCGUAUUUUUCUUUAUUCACUGAUUACCAAGUACGUCUUUCUACCUCCUCACUGGGGAUGAAUAGCAAAUUCAAAGGCAGAAAAAGAAACUCAUUAUGCGCUUCAAACCUAACCCCGUCUGAGGUUUGAGUUUGCAUAGAAAAUUGCAUGUAUAGUGAUCUGAAAAUUAAUGCUUCGUCAGAGGGAAAGUAGUAUGAGUGCAUUUGAUGAAGACUGAACAAAUAUUAAGUAAGCACUUCACAAAAUUCCUCAAACCCACGUUACAAGUUGGACAGGCAGCAUGCAGUUAACUUUUUGUGAUGACUGUCCUCAGGCAAUUACCGAGCGAUUACAUCAGGCAGACCUGUCAUCUAAAAAGGGUGAUCUACAUUCAACGAGACGCCCAGGAAGAAAGGAAUGAGAAGCUUUACAAAGAAUCAUUCCUCUCAAUACUAAACUUUAUGAAACUUUCAUAAAAGGUCCAACAUUUCUCCUUUUCAUCAUUUCCAGACAUUUUACUUUAGUCAUGUAAUUCCUGCAUGAAAAGGCAGGUAAGACAACAUGAUGUGUUGUUUCUUCUGUAGCAUUAACAAGAGUUAAUUAACAAGAGUCCAGAUUCGAGAGGGAUCUGGCUGCAGACCUCCACUGUGAGUUUUUCCUCACAUUUUAUCUUUGUUUUUAAAAUGGUAAAAAUCAUGCUAACAUUAUAUACAUAAAAUAAAGCCCCAAGAAAUAAGAUGUAUUCACACAAGGCAAGAAAUAUGUACUUCCCGGUCUAAUCGCUUUUAAUUUGAAUGGCUUCGAAUCAACCACGGCCUUAAAAAAAAAAGAAUGUUCUCCGGGUAGAUUUGCUUUUAUUUUGAAAGGCUUCAAAUCAACUUCCAGUUCUCACAGUGGAGGUCUGCAACAAAGGGUUUUCUGGCCCUCCCAUAAUGCACUUGUCGCUACUUUGUUAGAGAAUCAAUAAUAAGUAGGUGCUGGUGAACCUGUUAAGUUGUGACACUACAGCCAGGGGCGGACUGGGACCAUAAAUCAGGCCAGGGGUUUGACUCCAUCCAGGCCAGGCCAAUACACAUAAACGCUGAAAUGCUGGCACUGGCGAAAAGUUUUGGACAUUUGAAGCCAGAUUUAGUGAAUAUAAUGCUUCAACAUUGGCUACAUAACUGCAAAUUUAAUAUGAAGUAAAAACAAAAUGGUUAUAAAAACUCCAUAUUAGUCAUGCCUUUAACUGUUUGUUUAUUCAUUUAAACUAAGAAUGUAGUCUACCACAUUGAUGUUGUAAUAUAAUAAAACAUUGAAAGCCUGUCAGAAAAAGUCAGAAAAAGUUCUCGAGAGGCAUAAAACUUUAAUUAGCACCACUAGCAUAGUAGCCGUCUCGGUGUCAGUUGGCGACCUUAUUAAACUCAAAACAACCACACCUUCGAGCGACAGCAUGAAAAACACUUAAAGACGUUGCCUCAGGGGGAGGAGGAGAAAGAAACACCAUCAGCGCGGGAGCGGAGCAAAUAACGAUGCUCGAUCGAUCAGCACAUCUGCAGCCGAUCACCUCAUAGCUCUACUUCCGGUGGCACCAGCUACGUGUUGCCACGGUAAUGGACAUAAAUUAAAUAAACCCUUUUACUGUUGGCCUUGCCUGCUUCCAAGUUCAGUGGCCUGCCUGCAGGCGAUGCCAGGCUACCAGGAAUCGGCCUGGUGAUCCCGAUGUUCCAGUCCACCACUGACGACAGCCAUACAAACUGUCAUGCAUGCGGAUUGUGUUGUGUGUUAGUUAAGCAGAGGGACAGAAUGAGCACAAUGCAAAAGAUGCUGCGACAUCUUGUUGUUUUUGCAUUUUAGAUUCUCAAGUUUCUGUUGGAUAGUUGUAGUGUUAGAUGCUGAAUCAUGAGUUAACGUCUCUAUUAACUGCACUCUCAUAAUUAGCCAAUAUAAUCCUGAUAAUGAUGCCAUAAUCAAGCAGCUUUAGUGCCAUUUAACCAAAAAAUUAUGGCACUAGAGAGAUUUUUUUUCAGGUAAUUUUUAAAACUUUCCAAGCCACACAAGACAUUGUCUAAUAUUUUUGCAGGUAGCAGGUCCCUAACCUGGGGAGUAAACAGACUCUUCUAAGUGGACCCUAAGUGUUUGCUACCGCACCAAAGCUGACAUAAUAAAAAACACAAAAAACUUGUUGCACAGUUAUCGUCAUGAUGGACCACUUAAAUCGAGAGCCUUCUGUUCUGACAGAUGAUUCAGACAGAGCAAAGAUAUAUAGCACCACGCAGCAUAAUAAAGCAGAUUUUUAUUGGACUAUGAAGAGCUAUGAGCUGCCAGCGCCCGACUGUAGUCGGUCUGGUUUGGCAGCAGGAACUUACAGAUGGGGCUGUAAUUUAACUCCUGUUUGAAGUGCAGUAUGUCUAAAGCUCCUCCAUCGUUUUAGAUCGAUCUACAGCCAGGUGAAGCUUUUCCACCCAGGCAAAGUGGUUUUAUGUCACUUAGCUUAAAGACUCUAAGCUGUGAGAUGGUACUGACUCACUAAUUGGCGAUCAUAGAGGCUGUCAGUGAAGGAGACAAAAUGGUUUAUUUAUCAGAGUGCUACCUCACGGAUCAUAUGGACAUAACCGAGAUCUCUCUGUUGUAAUCAUUCCCCAUUUUCAUAGCAUGUUAUGGAAUUUCUACACUCUUCAUCGCUGUGUAAAAAGCUGUAUUCUUUCCAUCUCCGAAUUGUCAAAUCAAGUACAGAAAGAAGCCAUGUCUUAAAUAAACACACCCAACCUUGAGCUGAACAACAAACACACACACAUACCAGCGUGAUGUGCUGAAUCCCCCCUGCUGUGGACCCCCUGAUGUGAUCUGAUCUGAUCAGAAAUAGUGUGAAAUGUGCCUACAAAUUGUCAAAACGGAUUGAGCAUUUGCUGUUUCCUCUGAUGCUCGUUAGGCAAACACACACCUCGCACACACUCCCACAGAUAAAACUCUGUAUCUGUGACAGAAAUGCUGUUCAAAGGGCCAAGGAUACAUGAAGGAGCCAGAGGCGGGGAUUUGUGAGUCAUGGCGCAGCAGAGGGAGGAAACUAUUUAUUAUCAGAUAAUUUAUCCUCAAGAGCUUCCUAUGUUGGAAAACAGAGUUAUGGUCACGAAAUCUGACAGAAUUCAAACAUCCCGGACUCCCUGGCUCUGAAUUAGGUUUGACAUUAUCUGCAACAACAUGGUCAGGGUUGAUACUUCAGUCUUUCACAAUAUAUGAGGCUCCUUAUUUAUGCCUCUACCGAAGUUAAUCAGUUCAGUUUUUCUCUUUGACACUUUUAGAUUUCAGAACCAACCCUCCAGGUGUUUAUUUACAAGGAGUUUGACUUGCAGUUUUAUGAGUUCUGAGGCCAACAAGUUCUUCCCUUUCACCCACUUUAAGUUUAUUUUCUUUGAUGUGGAGAUAGAAAUUAAAGGAGACAGAAACAGUGGUGGGAUCAGUCCUCAGUUGCACUUCGUAUCUUUGGGCAAAGAGCUGUGUUGACUAGUCAUCAUGAUUGCUCUAGUGACUUAAUCCGCAGAGCAGUUUUUUUGGCUGCUGGUACUGGAGCGUGCACAAGAGACUGUCGUAUUUCUGCAGUCUUGCAUCAGAAGAAAUUCACGUCUCAUGCCUCUCAUGUAAAGCUUCUACCAAGCGGUAGACCACCGAGGGGAAAACUGAAAAAAAAAAGUUGAAUAAUGUUGCUAAUUACCACCACUUGUGCUCGUGUUUGGUCUAAUUUGGCUUUUGAUCUGUGAAGUUAGAGUUGUAUCCCUCAGACUGAUGCUUUAUUUGAAGGAAUGAUUACAACUUGGGUUUAAUUUUGUAGUUUUUAUCAUCAUUUUUUUUGAGAAAUAGUUAUAAUCUCAACAAGUUAGUUUGUAGGAUGUAGGUGAUGGGCAAAAUUGGACAGUUUAUUUUACAGGAUAGAGUUGAAUAGGCCCCUUAAUGACUCACGGCAGUCUGUCAGGGCCAAAAGAAGAGAAAGUAUGAUGUUAUUCUGCAAUAAAAGACUCAAUAGGGAGACAGCUGAAAGCAAUGGCUUCCCUCUAGCCUUGAUCACAAUAUUUUAGUGCCUCCAUCUAAUUAAAUAGAUACUUUUGUGUGCACCCAAACCCUGAAGCAAAAGCUUUAAAUUCAGGGAAAACCAAGUGUUCUUUGGAUCGUUCACUGCACACCAUACAACCAUUUUCCUCUGCUAUUACUCAGGGUGGGAUGCUCGAAUGCUGUAGAUGAUAUUGUUUUGUUGCUGUGUUUCCGCUUGAAAUCCGACUAAUUUAUUGCUUCAUCACCUUCUGAAAUAAACUGAAAAGACUGGACGUACAUUUGACUCUAUCAAGUUGCAGCUACAUAUUCAAAACCCCAAGCAGUCCAUGUGCUGCUGGGUUUGAUCCUUUACCCUGAAAUAUGGCUUUUUUAGUUGACUAAUCAGUUGUUAAUCAAUCAAUAAAUAAUGUAACAAUAGUUCACCAGAUAUAUAUAUAUAACAAUUAUAUGUCCUUACAUAACAUCAGAUUAUUACGGCUUGGAAAGUUGUUGUGCCUGUGGGUCAGAGUAUAAGUUGCAGUCUUUGGUAACUUCCUGAAGUGUCAGCAGGAUCAGUUUUUAGUAUUGGUUUUUACCCAGCUGUGAAGUGUGAAGAAAUGUGAAUAUUUAGCAAUAUCUGGCUGCCAGAUUUUAGAUCGACACACUACUCUCUUACUCCUUCCAUUGGUGGAGCUUCAAAAGCAACCUUGGCUUUCAAGGACAAGCAGCCGCAGUGAUGCAUGAUAAGUGUGAUCCUUUAUUUGUCAAAUUUUUACUGUCAAAUUCUACACACAACAACAACAAACACACUCUUUGCCUUCUUCCUACUGGUGUGCUUUGGACUGCCAGCAACUUAAUGCAGAAACACAUAAUAGUGGUUGCAAGUUUGUCUGCUCUGUGCUACUGUAGAACGAUGGCGGCGCAAGUUCGCAACCUCUAUUCAAGAGGACCUGAUCCAGAUAUAAAGUCUUAAAACAAAACAGUUGGGAUAGUUUUGCACAAAUUUAAAAACUAUUCAUGAGGGGGGACUUAAACUUAAAGCAUCAGUGGGCACGUACAUCAUUAAAAAGUUUCUGCGUUUAUGUUUGUGGAGUAAGGUUAUGGGACAGACUAGGUGUGGAGCUCAAGCAAUGUCCAAGCAUGACCCAGUUUAAAAAGCUGUACAAAAACAUGGUUCUCACCAGGUACAGGAUGGAAGAAGGGCUUUAACCAGCGGGUGUUUUCAUAAAUGAUUUAUGUACUUAUUUACUCUAUUUAUGUUCUAUUUUUUUUUUUUAAAUAAUGUUAAUAUGUUAGAGACUGACUGUUUACUGAGUAGCGGAGAAGGAGUAGGUUUAAAAAAACAAACAAAAUGCUUCAUCCUACCUCUUUUCAAACAUGUUAGGUUCACAUUAUUAUUAUUUUGUUUUUGCUUUGAUUAUUGUUAUUGUUAUUUUGAAUAUUCUCAUUGGUUUUGGUUUUCAGUUCAAUUUCUUCUGUUGCACACACAUGUUCGAAAAAAAAAGAAUAAAAUAAAAUAAAUAUUUUAGCCUGUUUUAAUACGAUUCACUGUAAAUUAUAACUUUGUCAUGAGCCCUUUAACAGAGAAGUUGAUGUGCCCAGUUUCAUGCCUGUUAAAGUUUUCUUUGAAAUUGUUGCUAAGCAAUCACAAACACUGAAAUUAUGCCCUACAGAAGAAAACUAACACCUGUGGAGUUCUCCUCCAAGCUUGCACAUGAGGGUUGAAUGUUUACAGAGUGCGAAGUGCUUAUUUUUCUGUGAGCUGCUCAUUUAAUAGCAGACUACAGGAGGGAUGGCACUGUAGCCGUUAAAGUUUAAUGUCCUCAUUUGGUCACAGUGGAUAGUUUAUCCAGCAGACUGUAGCUCUACCUCGCUCACCUUCUGUAGCUCAUUACUAGUAAAUCAACCUGUGGGCACCACAAGGGCUCCCCGUUGUAGAUUCAAGGCUGAUGUUGGUUGAUUGUGACCUUUAGCAGCUUCUGUAUUAAAGGCUUUUUUUUCCUAUAGAUUAAACUGGAGUAACUUGCCGUCAGAGCCGCUCUAAUGGAAAAGAGAAAGUAUGCAGGCAGAGUGGGAGGUGGAAACUGAAGUGGAUUAUACUCUGCAGCAUUACAAAAAAACAUUCAUUGUUCUCCCUGUUGUGUUUGUUGUCUGAGCAUCAUGACAAGCUGUAGCACACGGGGAAAGUUUUUCAGGUAAACAGGAUUUACUCAUGUUUCCAUCUUCACUGUAUCCUCAUCUCAAUACCUGUGAGGGAACACUGGAUACAGGAAAGUGAGCUUGAUUUACAUAUCUUUUUGCUGUUCUGAGUUUUUCUGGCAGAGUAAAAACAGCGGUAAACCCAUCAAGAGGUUCUCUGAGGACUUAGACGUGUUGCUUCUUGUGGAUGCUGUUUACCUUGCCAAACAACACCUAAGGCGCCAAGAUCUGCUGUUUAUCCCCCAGUGGGAGGUGUUGUGAUACAGUGAGGGUACAGUGCUGCGUAUCCACGGAGGGGAGGUGUGUGUUUAUGUUUGUGUACACGAGGAUGGGCUCUAUUCAUCCACUCUUUCUUACCAAUUCAGCAACUAUUUCCGUCUACUGUGUCUCUCUGUGACUAGCCGAUAAGGAGGCAGCAAUGGUGACAGUGUUUCCAGAAACUGCCAUUGUUUCCUGAGCCAGUGUUGAAGGGAGAUUAAAAAAUAAUAAGUGGAGGUGACAUUAUAAACGGCGGGAGGCGGUAAAAGAUUCACUCCAGUUUGUGGUUGGACUGGCCUGCCGCUCUGCAGGAACUGAUAAAAGUUAUGCCUCUGGCAAGCCUGGUCUCCAUUCAUGUAUUUAUGCUUAGUCUGCUCUUAAGGACAAGACAUGGAUAUUUUAAAAGAAAUAUGGACUCAUCGAAAUGUUUGCACUCAGGUGUAUGGUAUAUAUUUAUAGCAGUACCCCUUUAGUUAAUGUUUAUUUGUCAAGCUGUCCUGUUUUUUUCUCCCUCUACAGCACAUAAUGCAAUUUUUAAAACAAUCAUUAUUAUCCAAUCUCCAUUUUUCCUGGAACGGGCUCCAUUUCAAGCUAACAGUAACAUCAGAGUUAAUCAAAGCUAGCUGGCUAACAAAAGCUAAUGCUAGCACUUUCUAAAAAAUGAUGUUACUGCUGGAUGUUUUUACUAUUUCAGGAGGACUCUUCAAAAUUCCCCUAAACGUUUGUUUGUUUUAGAAGGCCAAAAGCUUGAACAUUGAAGUAGCCGUUCUUCACAGCAUAGGGCUUUAGUUUAUCAUAUGAGUUUAUAUGCCACGAGAUAUUGAGGCCUCGCAGAUGAAGGUUACUGACUUGUUGUAAUCAUCGGGUCUUUUUCGUCCUUAUGAAACCUGCUUCAUUUCGGUGAGUGUCCAUCUUCUUUUGUAGUUUGGCUAAAUAUCAAAAAUCUACCCGGAUACAGCAAUGCUACUUUAUGCUUACUUUAUUUGAUUGGCUUGCACGUGGCACGAAGCGUCUGAGCUCUCGGGGAACUCACUUGAUUCCUACCUGUUCCAUUGUAUAAAAAGGUGCAACUUGGGGGACGUCAUCGUGGUGAUUUAAAUGCGUGAGAAAUACAAUGUGUGGCGUGUGAAUGGGUGGGAAUGCGUAUGUCACACGCCCAAUGCGUGAGACUUGAGAGCCCUGACUUUCAUACCGACUUGAACUUCAAACCACAUAUAUUAGAUCUGAAGUUAAUCAAGAAUAAGUGAUUUUUGGGGCUGUUUUUGAGAUUUCCUUGCCAGCAGUCUUAAAUAUGCAGAUGGCUGUAUGAAUUAUGCAGUACAGAAAGACUUGGGCUAAAGAUAUUUCCAUAAAGAAUAAAUACAUAUAGCACAUGAGCUCCUAAUCUCUCGAACAUGUUCAGAGGCAGCAUGGCUCUUGUCUUGCGGUGUAAAUUAAGCCAAAGAAACUUUCCUUGGUCUAAUAGACUAACCCACAGCGCUGAUGCUAAUGCGGAGCUGAGAUAUCAUCCAGGCUAAGCUUGGAUAGAGUGGGUAAUUAGCGGAGAGUUGAUGUGUUCUUGUUAAUAGGUUUUUAGCAUCCUACAACUUUAGAUGUGGUGAGCUAAUGAAACGUUCUGGCUCGGCUUUGGAGGCUACGCUCGAUUAGAUAACUGCAGCGAGCUAGCUGGAUAUGUUACAGCAUUCGUAUUUCUGUUCAUAUUUCUUUUGCUGUUUUGUGUUAGGUAGGCUAGAAAUAAAUCACCAUUGAAACACACAGUUUUACUGUCAUUACGUGAAUCUUCUAGCAUAAAGCCAUUUUUGAGUCUUUCAGGAAUAUCAGGAACAUCAAAUUCAUAUUGACAGUACUUUUUGAAUAUUUUAAAACCAAAAAUAUUUAUUCUGUAGUUUUAUUCUUGCUGUGGUGGCAGUUUUUUUUUUUGUAGUUUCAAAGGUACAGAGGACCAGGGUUCAAGCUCCCAUCCCCGCAGAGCAAUGACAAAGGAUGAAAAUAGAAACACAGCCACAUUCAUCAUAACACUGAUUUAUUGAGGAAUAACCUCUGAGGUCAGCCAGUCAAUAACUCACUAUUCGAUACGGUCGUGUACUUUGUGGUGGCUGCAUUCAAUUUUUACCAACAAGAGAGAGGAGAUAAUAACAGAGAGGAAGGCUCAGGCCUGAAAGAUAUUUAUCUUUGGGAAGUGUUGCAGCUUUUUCACAGUUGUUGAGAGGGUUUUAUCACAGAAAUUCAAAUGGAAUUUGGGAUUAAAGAAUUAUGGGAAAAAAUAAGAGGUUUUUGUGCAUUGAUCUUUAAUUGCAAGAGCAAGGUUCAGCUCAAGUUGCACAGUUCAAAGCGUUGUAUACAAGUUCAUUUACUGAUCUCGUCUAAUUGCUUCCCCAGCCCUGCUUUUGCCGCACCAAACUGGCUCAUUUUCUGAACGCACACAAAGUCUGUGUUUUUCUCUGGAGUCAACAGAACUAAAUGUGCUGCUAAAUCUGUGGGACUUCAAAGCUGUUUUUCUCUGCUCUCUUGCCAGGGUCAUCACAGAUAGCCAACUCCUAUCUGCCUCCCCAGGCAAGACUUAGAGCUUUGACUGUUGGUUUGUGGUGAGAGUUCAAACUCGGCUUCAACAUUCAGUCGACCAGCAGCAGCAAAAGAGGCGAAAACUACACACACAUGAAAGCCGGGGCAGAGGGUAAAAUAUGAAAAAGAUAUAUAUUGGCAAAACUGCCCUCAAAACACAGAGAAAUGGUUGCAAACAUCAGAAAAGAAGGUAAGAUGAGUCAUUCUGGAGAGUGUUUUUAAACUUUUAACAUCAGCCUCAUAAUUACGAAAUCCAUUUCAUUCAUUUCGCUAAUGGAAAUGGAUUCUCUUUCGUAGGUCAUGACCAUUAAAAAGCCAUUAAAAAAUAUAAUGUGGCAUCUUUUCUCUCCCAUCAUUCAUCUCCACAUCUCUUGUCGCGUAGCAGCAGGUGACAUCUGCAUCAAAGCUAAAAAGAAAAAAAAGUCCUCCACUUAUUGAGGAAAAAAUAUGUUACCCAAAAAAUAAUCAAUGGCUGUGAGCUCAGAGUUAAUUAAACCGGCGUUACGCAGUGAUAAGAGCCCAGAGCCUCUUUUACAUGUUCUGACAAUAGCUCUCUGGCUCUCCGCCAUGUCAUUUUACAACCUUACUUGCAGCUGUUAGUCAGCGGAGAGGUUGUAAAGAUUUUGUUUUGUUGUGGUGUCAGGGCGAGCUGGGUGGGCUGAACCUGCCAGCCUCAGCAUAAAUGAUAUCAACCUCUUCAGCGGGCUCAUCUUUCUGUCCAGCAAACAUUUCAUGAGGAAUAAUUCAACAGUUCGGGACACACGUCUGCUUGCUUUUCUGCCAGAGUGGGAUUUAAAAGCUGAACAUUUUAGUUUUACUUUCAGAUUAUUACUCAGGGUUUCGGAUAUGGGUUGCAGGACUCGACAACUUAUAUUUAAUCUUUAAUUUGCUGUUGAUACUGACGCCUCACAGCAUGUUUUUUGUAUGUUCACAUGGCAUUUUCGGACAUAUCAUGAGAAAACUAAAUGUGAAAUUGCUUUUCUGAGUAUUUCUCCCUUUAAAUCGCUGUGAAUCUCUGGCAGACCCAAACGGCGGGUUUAGAAACAUUGAGGUUUCAUACGUAACCAAUCCAAGCUCCGCCCCUGGAGCCCCGCUAUGCAGGCCACAUUCUGAAUAUAGAAAAGAAAUACAGAGGACAAUCGCGGAACAAGCAUGCGCGUUAGCGUAUUGCAAUGCUCGUAAGAAAGCUAAUUAUGAUAUUAACUUUCAUCGUGUCCCUAAAGACAUUAGUGUCCAAGAGCUGAGUAGCUCCUAUGUUACCUGCUUCUUCUACCACACCAGUAAUGUUAGGCUGCAAGCUAACGUGAAGACGGGUGUGCAGAGCAGCGCUGUCUUCACCCAUGACUCAGAGGUGAAUUGCUAAUAAACUACUGGAGCUCUGCAGAAAAAAAACACAGGUGAUGCAAUUUUUGGUAAAAAAUAAAAAUAAAAAAAAAAUUCAUAAUCACAAUUUGAAGACCACUGAGAACACUUCAAGUAGUAAAAAAAAAAAAAUCUGAGUGGGACUUUAAGUCCAUACACAGACACCAUCUUCUCCUCCUUUCCUGCCAGCUUCCUCAUGGAGGCUCUGGGCCGAGGUGAACUUGGAGGUGCUCUCAGUGCGCCUGCUGGUUGGUGGCACUGAGCCAUCUCUGUGAACCUCUCUGUGAGCCAAAUAUCCAUCAGUCUGGCAAAAUGAAAAAUCCCCCAGAGCGCACACCAUCCCUGCUCCCAUCUCCAGCCUUUCAUUACUGCAUCCAUUCUCUCUCAGUCAUUUUGGUGUGUUUUCAUCCACCACACUUCGAACCCACAACCAAAAUAUUAUUCUCUGCCUGAUGUGUUGUUGAGAAGCUAAUUUCAGGGCCUCUCUCUCUCUCUCUCUAUCACACACACACGCACUCUGAUGCUUCUUCAUCACUCUUUCUGGCUCUUUCACCCCAUUUUCAAGCCUCUCCACACAUAAAGCCACGGUCCACUCUGAAUUUUCUCCUCCUCCAUCAUGAAUCAUGCGUGGUCUUUGUCUGGAGGCAAAAAUCCUUUCCUGUUCUUUAGAGCUUCGAUGAGGGGGUAGUGUAAUGGAAUUCAACAUUACACCAGUGGGAGCUCCUUCUCCUGGCUUUGCUCCCCAGAUGUGAACGGGAAAUGAUUAGUAUUCCUCCUUCAUCCAUCUCCUCUUCCCAUUCUGCCUGGACCUGUAUCCCUCCAAAUAAAUUACACUUCAACUACACUUCAUCCCUUCCUCUCCUACAAACACAGUUUAUUUUUCACAUCAUUACCUCCUCUAUCCCUCUCCUGCUCUGCCUCUCUCUCUCUCUCUUUGAAAAACUUUGACAGAGCAUCAGCAUUGUGACCGUUUCUUCUCUAAACUCUCCCCGCUGCAUGUUCAGCUCCUUCCAUGACCACAAGGACGAUCUCCGUAAGCGCCUCUCAUACACCACCCACAAACUAGAGAUGGUGGAGACGGAGUUUGAUUCCACCCGGCAGUACCUGGAGACCGAGCUGCGGCGGGCCCAGGAGGAGCUGGAGAAGUUUACAGAGAAACUUCGCAGGUACGUAUUUGCACAUGUGCGGCACUUUGAGGGCAUCUUACCUUUUUUGUAGUUGCAUGAAUCAUCAAAUUCCCUCAAGGAGGAUGCCCACCAGAGUUGUGCUGGGACACAAGGAAAAAGAGUGAUGUUCAGGCAUGAGGAACGAUCUAACAAGUUUACUAUCACAGUGGAUCUCAUGGGAAAGAAAACUUAGGGGGAAAAAUAACGUUUGAGUCUUUUAAUCAGUGUUUCUAGAUGUUCCCAGUGUCCAUGCUGGAGAAUAAAGAGACAAGACAAUGACUUAUUCUCCUUGUUUGUACUGUAAAAGCACAGGAUUUUGAGUUACACUCAGUAUAAAAUGAAUAUGUAUAAAAAUGGAUGUGCUGUGUAUAUCGGGUAAAUGAUCCUUUUUUGUAGGAUGGGAAAAUAUUCACUUUUUUAAGCAAACGCACUUCUCUUUUCUUCAACAGUCUAGUUUAAUCCAUGAUGCACCACACAGUUUCACACUCAUUACUCUUUUUGACGCCUUACACCUGACAUUGACCUGAUAUCAUGAAGCUGUCAUGUCAGGUCAUGGCAGAGUAUUCAAUCAGAUUUCAACAGUCUCUUUCUCAGUAUGGGAAGACAGAUUGACGGAGACAGGAAAAUAAUAAAUAAAGAAAUAACAAAAAUAGAUAAGAAGAACUCAGAUGGGGUCUGAAAGUCUUUACUUUUAGUCUUUAUUUUUAUACAUAUUUUAAAUAGAGCCAGAAAAACCUACUUUCUCCUUCAAAAGCAGCGUCUUUGUACCUGAUACAGGCAGAAAACCAUAGACAUAAUAUACGUAGACGCCUCAAAGCCUGGCGCUGCCUAUUGGAGCUCAUGUAUCAGUGCGGCCACCAUCUUGGAUGGGUCCCCCAUGUGCCUCCAGUGCAUUAAGGUAGGUAGGAAUGCCCAACCAUAUUAAUAACAACUCUAUGAAUCUCUGCCCAAUUUUCACAGUUUGGUUUGUUACAAUGGCAGGGAUGUAGCCAUAAUACAGGACAAUAUCACACAUUAAAAAUGAACCAAAUUAUUUUUCAAUCCUAUUUGGGAAAUGUAAUCCUACGUGAUCUGGUUUCAAUACUGCAACGGGUUUUUAACCAUAGAGUGCAAAAAUACGGGCAUAGUUGCUCGUUCUCCAUUGACCCGUUUGGCUUUUGAGCGAACCUGAAGUAGGAAGACCCAUCCAACAUGGCGGCGACACUGGAUUACGCUCCAGCACGUAACGAGGCAUCUACGUAUAUAGUGUCUAUGCAGAAAACAAUGACUUAUAGCCUCAACUGUGUGCCUUCUGAUAUUGAUGACCGUAAACUUACUGUACUCAAAACUAUUAUUGACUUCCUUUCAGACCUCUUUGGACUCAUUAACCUAAUUGGUUGUUUCUGUUUCCUUGCAGCACUAGAAGCACCAAACAAGCUCAUUUCUGUGGUCCUCUGAUUUUCUCAUUUGAAUUUCUUAUAUGUGCAUAUUUAUUUUUUACUUUUUCAACUUAUGACUCUUUCAAAAACUUGUUUCUGGCUCGAAAACUCGCUAAUUUGGAAAGCAGACAGCCCAGCCACCUGUCUGGUCCUUUUCGGAAAAGUACAAGUUCCAAUUUUUUCUUUAACUAUGAUUGGCAGGACCCAGUCCGUACUCACAGUUUUAGCUUUAACCAUCUGAAUGUUUGGCAAAGUUUGCUGAAGACAUAAAAAGCUGCCUUACACAUUAUUAAUAGGAGAUCUCCUUCUCCUCCGAGGCCUCUCUCUUUGUUUCUCAUAAAUCAGCGCACCUCUCUCUUCCAUGGUCGUCCUACCCUCUUCAAUCACAAUCGGGGUUUAUGAUUUGUUUUUUUGUUUCCUCUGCCGGCACCCUCCAUGUCUGCCUGCUUAAUGGAGCCAUAAAUGUUGGUUUAUCAACACAGUGUGAGGCCUGAGAGCUAAUGUGAGAGUGUGAUACUGAGCUGAGAGGUGGCAUGAUAAAACACUGGGGAACAAGUUAACAAACAGGGAGUCAGGGCCUUGUUCCAUUACGCUCGCUAAUGCACUGCAAGUCUACCAAAGAUCAAUAAAAAUGCGAGAAAUGAAAAGAGAGAGAGAAGAGGACAAGGUUAUAGAAAAAAAAAAAAAGCGCUUAAGAGAAAGAAACUUUAAAAGCUCCACAUGUUGGUGAGAUUAUGCAUGUUUACUGAUUUCUUACCAUCAAAUAUUAAAGGAUUUCACAGUAUCUCCUCCAGUGGUGGUAAACAUAUCAUAAACUCUGUUUUUCUGUGUUUUGGCCCAGCAGCUUUUGUCCUGAGUGAUCUUCAAAUAUGAGUCAGAACUUAAAAUAUCCUGCAAAUCCCCUCUGAGACUCUUCUGUCAGCGUCCUGAUCUCAUCAUUUAUUUAUUUCUCUGUCUAAAUUUAUGUGGCGAUUACUGUGGCUUGUUUAGCUGUGUGAAAAGUAAUAUAUUCUUCACUCAUCAUACGGUGUGAUUCGCCAUUUUUAACAGGCUGUGAUCCGUUUCCUGUUGUUUCAGGAUCCAGAGCAGCUAUGCGGCUCUUCAGAGGAUCAACCAGGAUUUGGAGGACAAGAUGCACAGGACGGUAAGAGAUGCCUGCCAAGGUUUUUGCAGCUUUAACCUGAAUAUCAUUGACAAAAGAGCUUAACAGGUCAUCUAAAACAAAAGCCUUGAUAUUACCAUGUUUGUUAGUUUGUUUGUUUUAAUUUUGCAGCCUUUCCCUGAAGUGAACUUUCUUAGCAACUCAUUUAAUGUCUUUCCAUGAUUAAAAAGCCCUUUUUAAGGGAUGUAAAAGUCACUUUUCAGGGUUUAAAGGUUUUAUUUGCUUUAUCUCGUAUAGCUAAUAACAUUUUGGCUCACUCAAGUUUAACUUUUCAGACAGAAAUACUUUACUACAAUCAGGGUUUUAGAUGCCAUUUAAGCUUGUCGUAUUUACAUGUAGAAGCCAACAACAUGCUGUUUUUUUGGACAUUGAUAAGAAAAAUAUGUUAAUAUCAUAUCCAGAAGGGGCCUUAUAUUCAUUUUAAAUUAUUUGCUUUACAUUUUAGUCCAUUGCAUAGUUUUCCCAAACGGUUUCAUUAUGUUAUCUCAAAAAAUAUCCACACCUUUGCAUUUGUCAUUUGAAGACAAACUUCAUCUUACUUAAAGAUGUUAACAAUUUUUUUUCACUAUUUAUAUAAUGAUGUUAACUCAACUUUGUAUAAUUAACAUUAUUAUUUGUGUAUGUUUGUGUUCUGUAUUUCUUUCCCCUUCAUUCUGGUUAUACUUUAGUUUGUACUGUCAUAUAGUCAAAACUAUGACGACUCUAAUUUUAUUAUUUUUAUACUUAUUGAUAUUGUUUUUAUCUUUUUCAGCAAUUCUGUUUAUGUAAAAACUGAGCAAAAAUGAUUUACCUGAUUAGCACUCUUUAAUGUAAAUAGAAAAUAUCUUAAUCUAAUAUCUCUAUCUAAGACGAUUACACACGAAACAAAUUUUAUAUCAUAAUUUUUAAUGCCUCAAACCUCUGUGAGGGCGUAGAUGUCAGCCCAGCAGCUUGAAAACAGACAUUUUUACAAUUCCUGCAUAAAAUAUUCAUUUAAAACUUUACAAUAGGCUGUCAAAAGUCAGCAGGAGGGGGUUUUGGGUCAGAGGUUGUAAAGACGUCUUUGUCCUCAGGGACCGCCAAACUGACGCAAACCCAAAGUUUCUUACAAGGGCCUCAAACAAAUCAUACUGAAAAAAAGAUGUCUGAUGGACUCGUUCGAGGAGGAAUAAUGACGUGCAUCCUUCUAGCUUCUCAAACUCGUGGGACUCAGACAGCUUGCACAACUUUCCACACUGUGCUACUACUUUUCCUGCCUAACUCUGUACACUCAUACAUUUCCUGACCCUUGUGGAUUGUUCAUCGUAUUAAGAUGACCUGCGAAACCAAAGUUUCUUCCAAGACUCAUAAAAGAUUUAAAAAGGUGAUAAGUGUUGGUAAACUUAGCUACUUGCAGACACACACGUUCACUCAGCUCAACAAUGUGUGACCUGAAGCUUGAACUUGAAUCAUUUAUUCGAAAAGACAAAGUCCUGAUGAGAUACCAGGCAAUAUUAACUGGCAAGUUUAUCUUCAAGCAAGUUGUGGAACAAGGACGGAUGAGAAAAGCGGAUUUCUUGGCAGCAAAAACGACCUCAUCUCUCUGCUUUACAAAGUGCACAAUUUAUGAUUUUUAAUCCAAGAGGAAAAAAAGACUUUUUAGUAUAAAAAGAGAUGACACAGAAGGUCAAAUUUAACAAGAAGCUUGUAAAAGCAAAUAUAAAGCCUGCAGUUAGAGUUGAAAAUCAUGGAGAAACUUUUUUAAACUUUUGAAAACCACUAAAAACAUUUGAUAUUUAUUUAUCAGUUGAAUUAUCUUAAACUUGUGUAUAAAAACUCAAAUUGCCUCAUGAGGGUGUCCAUAAAUACUUCACAACCAAUAAAUCUUUGCCAUUUUGUCAGGAGAUGAAGGCAGCUGUAGGUAAUCCAUUAUCAAUGUGGCCCAGUUUAUUUAUAAUUUUGUGCUUCUUGAGAGUCUGAAAGUUAUUUUUGAGCUUUCACCUUCAUAUUAAAAUUAGAGAAACAAACACUUUUCAUCCAGUGGGAACAUUGGGUGCACUCUAAAAAUUUAUAUGCCUUUCAUAAUGAUAAGCAAUUUUACUUUCACACCAAUAAAAAGACACUCCUCUCUUUUAAGUCUGUUAAACUGUAAGACAUGAUGUUUGUAGACUAAUGCAUCUGCUAAAUGUGUGUAAUGUAAUUUAAUGCAGUCUGCACCCACGCACUCAAACACAGAUCAAUGGCCGUAUUAAGUGUUUAAAACCACGCUGAGAGCCCUCGACCUCUUUUGAAAGGGAAAAUAUCUGGAGACGUGCCAGACUGAAGUUGAAAGCUGAGAGGCAGAAGAGAAAGAAAAUAAAGAUAACUACACAGGCUUCAGAUCCAUAAACACAGCAAUUAUGAUGAAUGAUGAAAUAUUAAACUUUAGUCUUAUAAAGAUUUGAUAUGGCACGCAUGAUGAUGACAUUUACUCCUCCUGCUCCCUCUCUCUUUUUCUCUCCCUCUCUCUUGUCUAAGAAAUGAGAAAUCUACCAUCAUCGAUUGGGGCGCACCUGUUUAGCAGCAGAAACGCUUUCAUCUCUCUCAAAGCAAUUACAUGAUCAAAGAAAGGGAGCACAAUCAAUGUCCAAAGUAAUUGCUCUUACCUGCUGAGCAACUCUGUUAGAAAACUAUUACUGUUAACUGCUGUUCUGGUCAAGUCAGCAGCAGCUGUCCAAUCAAAUCAGCUCAGGAGAAUUCAGCCGCAGCCUCUGCUUUUAGGGUCUAUCCACCAGAACCAGAGCAGAAGAUGAGCCCAGCUCUGUCUCUUAUGACUUACAGUGUCUUGAUUAAAGUGGAUCGUAAUCUCAUCAGAUGUCUGAACUAUGAGGCUUUUCUGUCCAGCGUACACACUAAUGGAAGAGGACUGAGAGGUUAUUGGUUAUUGAUUGAUAUCACACUUAUAAGUUAAGUAUGAACAUAGGACCAGGAGAAGACUGGGAUCAGGAGCACAGGCAUGGGAGAAACGUGGACAGCAGGAUAUCUUUUUCUGCUGGCAGGGUGGCUAAACUUUCAUUUUGUUUCAUUUCGUUAUUAUUUGUUCCGCUUAUGGCCAAUUUUAAGCAUUUCCAUUAAUACAAAAGGCAUUUAACAACUGUAGCACAGCACAUGAAGCAGGUAGAAGACAAGGUUUAUUUUACCCUGCCCCUCACUCAAAACAGAAAUGAGCAAUAAUGUAAGAUGGUCUGUCUACUUCAGGUUAUUUUCCUGUAACUUUACAAACAAUAUUACAACCACAUAAAAGGAAACGAACAAAAUCAAAGUCAGCAUCCCUGUCAGAACGUAUGCAUAUCACAUAACACUACUCGUCGGCUUCAUAUUUUGUUAUAAUACUUUCUUCAUACUUUGUUUUAAACUGAAAUAUAUUUGUGCAGCCCUUCAAAUUAUUCUGCAGGGGAUGCUACGAUUUAACCCCGACCAUGAAAUUACACAUCUGUCUUAAAGUUGUCCGAGCAAACUGGUGAUUAAAAUUAUAUCACUGUCUGUGCUCUUCAUCCUCUGAACUGAAAAUAAACAACUUUUGCAGGUUUUCUGGUAACAUUUUGUAUCUUGCUCUGAAUAUUAUUGUGAGUGUCUGUAAUUUAAUGAGAUUGUUAAAUUUAAUAGCCAUGAAACUGGAACAGGAUUGGCAUUAGAUCUGUAGAUUUAUACUAGUGUCUAUAUAAGAGAUUAUGUAGCGUUAGCUUGUAACCAAAGAAAUAACCAAGUUAGUACAAAAUUUAAUCAUUAGAUUUUGAUUUUAGUGAUUUAAAAAUGAUUUAUCAUUAUAGCGGUCUCCUUCAUUUCUGUUUUGAUGACAGUCCCACAGCAGCAGUAUUUUCUAAUUAGCUCACAGGUUAAGUUAACAUUAACUUUUGUUACUGUAUUUUAAACAUAACACCUGAUUUAACCUUCCUCCUGUGUUAGCAUUUUCUACGCACCAAAUAUGUUCACAGGUCGGUUACAACCAGCGUCUUAAAUCAGCUGUAAAUUACACUAAAAACAAUUCUCUAUCAUCGAGUUUGGUUCUCAUCUCUAGGUUACCUUGUUAGGCCUCAUUAUAUUGCUCAUAAUAGUUUUGUAGUAGACCUCUUGGCCUUUCUUUGUCAGUAUACCCCUCACACAGACAUCUAUACUGAAUUGAUCUCACAUGUCUGGACAUGCCUGACAUUGUUUUUUUGUGCAGGGAAAAACAGGCAAAAUGAGAAUUUCCUAAAUCUCACAUCAUUUGAAGAGAAUCUGACUGUCAGUGUGGUGCCUGAAAGUGCACCUAUGAUUUUAGUUUUUGCUCUAAUUAUUGAUUUUCAAUCAAACUCUGUCAACAGCGACCCUAACACAAUAAGUGCCAUAGUUUUAAUAAGAGCAUUUUAUAAUUUAGUCAAUUUAAUUUUUUUAUAUAGAAGUUAAAAUAGAGGUUCCUGACAAAGUCAAAAAGUCUUGAUGUGAAAAAGCUAUUUUAUGUGUUUUUUUUUUUUUAAAGCAUUUAAAAACAAAAACGUGUCGAUGCAGACCCUAACACAGGAGAAGGGUAACGUUGUAAUGUCCUUAAACUCUCUUGACCUUUCUUUCUUACACAGCCAGUCCUUUAACUCUGCCAAGGUCACUACCACUAAAGUUAUGUGCCCUCCAAAUGUAUUAAAAGUAGCAUAAAACAUAUUCUUCCAAUUGUGUCAGCAGGCAGAGGUAACGUAUGUGGGGCUCCUCUCCAGGCUGAGGGAUUUGACUUGGGUUGAGGUUGUUCCUAGGAUCGCUUCUGCUGCUGACCAUUUAUCACAACUUUGAUGGUUUUGACCAAUCAGAGUCAAGUGCUUAAGUUUAUAAACAGGCAUAACUUAUCAUGUCCAUCUCCACGAUGAAUCUCUACGUCAAGGUAACACAACUGUAAAAUUAAAAAAACGGACAAAACACAGCUGUUGCAGGACUCGAUGGAAGACGUAGAGAUUAGUUUUUGAGUUGUUAUUAAUUAUUUAUAACACGGCACAGUAAUAACUUGUGUGAAGUGACCCUUUAAAGGAGCCUUAUGUUACUGUGAAUAGACAUAAAUCUUGAUGUGCAGCAGAUAAUGGAGAUUUGCUGGAUGAAUCCUCAGUGAAGUUAUUUGAGAUGGUGAACCAGUGUGGCGUGAAAAUUGAAAUAAAUCACCGCGGACAUGACAUGGAGUACUGUAUACUCAGAAGACGGCCAUUUACAACAGCAUCUGUCCUGCAGAAUUUGCUGCUUGUUAUAGGCGAAGGGUCAGUGUAAUCCUUCUCGCUUUGUUGUAUUGUGAAAAGACAGAGAGCCUUAAAAUGUCUCCCCAUCAUGGAUCAUCCUUCUAUUACAGCGCUCACUGCAUCAACGCAUUCUCAUCAUGUGAAAGUGAUUUUAAAAACUGUUGGCUUUUCAAAGGGAUCGUCUGUCUCGCAGAGAGCCCUGGUGUAUCAAAUCGGUCUUCAUGGCAGGAGACAGUAUGGGAAUUUUUUUUUUUUCGCGGCAGGCCUCAUCGGGAUUGCCAUUUCUUUUGAUGUCUUGUCAUGCAAUGGCAUUUCAAGGAGGGGGGAGGGAUAUGUUCCUUUGUAGAAGACAGUCCAGACAGGCAGGCAGCGAUAAAGGCAGCGCCAAUCAAAUGAGACACAUAAUUAAAAGUACUGAAAGACCUGAACGGGCAAGGUCAAAAAGGAACUGUGACGAACAAAACCAUUUCAAAAAGAGCAAAUCGAGAGCCUAACACCCAGGAAUGACUGUCGGACUCACUUUGUGAUGACAUUGAUGAAAAAGUACUCAAGGUGCAUCAAAAGGGAAACUGUCAAUUUUGUCGAUAAACGGCGCGGCAGAUAAAACUGUUUGUAUGAAUAAAAUAACACAUCAUUUGUCCUUACUUAAUAAAAAUAAUCACAUUGCUCCAGUUUGACUUUGCUACAGUCAGCAGUGAACCAGUUAUAGCCCAGCGCCUGUGAGACUGUUUAGUAAGAGUUCAAAUUAAAUUUCCCAGCCUCCUAUGAGACAGCACUGGGGCAAGCAGAUAAUUCAGAUUCACAGACAGUUUGUUAGUCAGCUUAUUUUAUUUCUGUUUGAGAAAACUCUAAAUAUACCAUGGAGAUCUGAGCAGAUAAAUUCUAAGAUAGUUUCCAUGUUACCAGCUGUGGUUGAAUUGUAGUCCCUCAGUCGUAACGGAGCUGUCCAUGGUGCUGAAAUUCAUUGUUUCUCUCAAUCCUUCAAGGAUGCUUAAUGCAUUUCCAAUAAUCUGUGCCGAAAAAGGGGCUUCAGUUAUUUAUAAGUGCUUAUAUCCGUUUACCAUAUCAGUGCAAUUUCAUAAAUGUGACAAGUGAUUGAUAGAGGAGCUGAACGUUGAGUUGUUGACAUGAAGGAGUUAUCUAGAAUAUUGUGAGAUGUGAUUUGAGUUAGCUUUUGAUAAUAUAAUUAACAAGUAGAUUUAGCGAAUAAUAAGGAAAUAAACUCAAGUGAGCACAGUUUGAGGAAUCUUUUUGCCAUAUCUGUUUACGCUCUUCUUCAGUUAGGUUCUGCUAUAUUUCAGGGGCAAAUAAUCACACAUUUAACUCAAUUGUAUUUGUUUUAAAUUCAGAGGUUUUAGAUUAAAUAAUGAAAUCCUUGAUGCACUAUUUACAGACCACUCUGCUCAGCUUCACUUCUUUUACAUCAUUACUGCAGGCUGGUUCACUGUCAAUGCAAACCUGUAGUUUUUCACCAUCUGACCAGCUCCUCACCCUUUGGUCUGGCAAAUCACAGCUCCUAUUGCAGCACUUUAAUUUGAAUUAAGUUGAUUUUAGUCCCUUUUUUGUGCAUGUUUUCAAAUGUAGAUACAGUAAAUGGCUUUAGAAAUGAUCUGUAACCAAUAGUGAUAAAGCGUUAUACAGUUUUUAAGGACAUUUGAGGUAUAAGGGCGCAGGGUCUCUCACUGACUUCAUUAGUUUUACAAUUUCAGCUGUGUUUUUCCCUAAUAUGUUAAUGCAUUUCCAAUAAUCUGUGCCGAAAAGGGGCUUCAGUUAUUUAUAAGUGCUUAUAUCCGUUUACCAUAUCAGUGCAAUUUCAUAAAUGUGACAAGUGAUUGAUAGAGGAGCUGAACGUUGAGUUGUUGACAUGAAGGAGUUAUCUAGAAUAUUGUGAGAUGUGAUUUGAGUUAGCUUUUGAUAAUAUAAUUAUAAAUUGAUUCUAAAAAUCCCUUUGUGAAAUAAAAAAGCAGUUACAAUAUUCGUCAAAUGUCCUGUGUCGCCAUGACAAUGUAAAGUGUUCAUGAAGAUAAAAACAGUCUUUAAUGGGCGUUUGUCAGCGUUUUGUCAUUUUCUCUAGACUAAAUAAAUCAUCUCUCAUCUGAAGGUUUGAUCAAUUGAAUGAUCAAUAAUGAAGAAUGAAUUAGUUUGAACUCCACACAAAGUCCCCCAUCAGAAUCCAUCAGAAUUAUUUAUGUGUUUGUUCAUGAAACACAGAGGCUCAGUCUAAUCUCUGGGGUCUUUGAUCUUUUCUCACUUGGCCAAGCGUCUGUACAAAAGACAUUAAGAUGAUCAAUAAUAUCUGAUUCGCGAUCAAUGCUUUUAAGUUGUUCAGUUUGUCAUGCAUGGCAACGAUUGGCCAGUAAUUAAUUGUGGCGUUCUCAUCUAAAUCUAAAACAAAGGGCGCAUGAAAUAGAUGUUUGUGCACUUUAUUGAAAAAGAGAAGAAUAAUGAAAACAUCAAACAAAUAUGAAUAGAGUCCUGCAGGAAUAAAAACAAUGGCUCCUUGUUUUCGUAUCAGUGUUGUCAAUGAUGUCAUCGUCUGUUGAGCCUUCAUCUGCAUUUCUGCCGGGGGUAGCACUCAUUUUGUGUUGCUGUCUACCUCAGUGCUGUUGGCUUCACGUGUUAAAGUGCUAUGGUUGCGUGUAGCUGCAGCCUGCUACUACGCAGUUGUUUGCUACUUAGUGCUAUUAACACGACUGUCACUCUCCUAUCAAAAUUACACUUCGGCAAGUACCAAAACAUGGCAGAAUGCCGGCUAUUGAAAAGCACAUUGACCAUGUUUUAUAUUGAUAUUGAGGGAAAUUAAUCUUUGAUAUAUAUACCGUUAUUAUUCUAUCACGCAGCCCUAUCUAUUAGCUUAUUGUUAUUUUUCAUUCUUUUUUUCCCAUUCAGUUGUAAUAUUUGCACACAACUUUUCCAGAAAUUCUUAAAUUUGGAGAAAUUAAUGUGAGUUUAGCUUUGUUUCCUUUUUUAUUUUCCUUUGUUGUGUAAUGACAGCUUUGCCUAACAUGGGGUGAUGGAUUUCUAAAACCACACAACAGACACAUUGGGUACACUCUUGGCUGGAGGAGCUGAGGCUCAGUGGUUGGAGUUGACUGUCUCCCAUCCAUGUAGUAAGAUGGCAGGUUCAUCCCGGCUCCUGCUGUCUACAUGUACACGUGUCCAAAGGCGAGACACUGAAAUUCUCCUAUUUGCACAGCCAGAGUAUUACCUCAUCCCAUUAGAAUGGGAUGAGGUAAUAUUAUGAGCACUAAAUGUAGCCGACUCAGCCAUCUGUGCAUAAAUGGGUGAUUGUGGCAUGUACUGUGACUAGAAGAGCAGCUCAUCUACCAUUGGAAUAACCCCACUAUUCCCCUAUAUUUAGAUUGAGUUAGGUUAUUGGGUCUGUCGUCCAUUGGUAGAUUUGUUUUAAAGUCAUGUAAGCUUCUUUUUACACACAUAAUCAACAACAUAUGCCUGACAAAAAGAUGGCAAUACACUACACUAAUCCAUAAAUACUCAACAAAUAAGACACAAAAACCCACAGUAACUAGAUUUGAACAUUUCUAUCUUUGCAGGAACCAAAGGUCUCAGACUCAAGGAUAGACUGGGACAGAAAUUUGUGUUGCAGCAGACUAGAACAUUAUUAGGUGUUUUUUUUUUCUUAAAGGACUUCUUUAGAGGGAUAACAGCCUCAUCUUUUAACAGUUGGCAGCAAACAAGAACAGCGUUUGCUUAUUUUUUUGUCCACUGGGUUUGAUUUCCCGACAGUGUAGCUUGUACACUUCAUGAGAGUAAAAGACAAAACAAAAUUGAACUGAAAUAAAAAGAGCAAAACAAAAAUGUCUUACAUUCUUGGGGAAAGAAAAUCCUUGUGUUACGUGAGCAGUAUCUGUAAAACCACCUGAAUGGAUUUGGCUGAGGUCUGACAUUAUCUUCUACCUCCAUCAGACACAAACUGAGCUGUAUUUGCAGAUUUCCACCCAUCUGUGCGUGUCCUUUAAGGUGAUUGGGGUCGGUUACCUUCGUUGUCUGCAUUAAAAAAAAAAAAAACUUCGUUAAUGAGGCUGAAAAAAUCUCAUUUGUUUCUUGUCUCUUUUCCUUCUAUGUAAAAUAAGACUGCAUCUUAGUUGAAGUGGAGUUUUCUGCUCUUCUCUGUGAACUGCAGACUUCUGUAAUUGCAUCUCAUGGGAUUCCUGCUUCAUUUGUUGUCCAGCAGAGAUGCACAAUCUCCAGAAGAAUACGUUAAAACAAAUUGGGGGCAGUCUUAAAAAAAAAAAAAACACUGACUUUUUUUAACACUCUGCCCUCAAUUCAACAAAUCCUUCUGAUCAAUAAUUGAAACAAGCUCCAAAGGUUUCGUUCUGGUGUUGUCAUCGUUUUAUUUUAUUGAAUAGCUUCAACAUAGAGAGAAGAACUGACCUUUUUGGGCUGAGUCAGGUUUUAAACACAUGUCCAAACAUCUUGGUCAUUUAUCUGCUGAUUGACGGUCGAAAGUUGCAUCAUAAGGGUCAAAACACAAGAGAAGAAAGGCAGUGAGUCUCUAAACUACUCUGUGGUGAGAAACGAUAUUCUCCUUUUCUGGGUCAAUCUCCUUGAGAUGCGAUAGUCUAAAUUUGCAUAUUAAUUUUCCUUGAUGCUGUUCUAUGUGUGGCACAAACUGAUAAGAGCUUCUUGGUGACAGAGGAAAAAAAAAAAAGCGAAAGCUGCUGAGAUUCUUCCUCUGGCCAUGAUAGUGUAGUGUGAAGUCUCUACGACGUUGUGUUCAAAAGUUUUUAGGAUCAGGGUUAGGGGUUAGGAUUAAAAUCACUGUCCAGGACCUACUUAGGAGUACAUUUCAGACCAUUUGGAGUUUCUUUCAAAGUGUAAGGGUUAACAAUAAUAAUAAUAAUAAUAAUAAUAAUCACCAUCAACAUUAUAAUAAUCAUAAUAAUAAUAUCAAUUAUUAUUAUUAUUAUUAUUAUUAUUAUUAUUAUUAUUAUUAUUGUUGUUGUUAGUAGUAGUAGUAUGUAGUAGUAGUAGCCCAUUAAGAUCAUUAUUAUCUGUACAUAGUCUCUGUUUCCAAAUGUAUGCCUAAUCAUGAGCAUGUGGAGCACCUGUGUGCAGGAAGAUACAAGAAAUUAGUGUAGUUAUGAAAGUAACCAGGAGCAGCUUCAGUGAAAGGGAAAUUGACAGUUAUACAGCUGAGGCACAAAAAGCAGUAUAGUACAUAGCAUAACAUUCAGUCAUUGAAUAACUUUGCCUACUUCUGAGCUUCUGGACAAUCACUGUGUCCCUCCAUCAUUGAUCCCCUCGGCUCUUAGUAGUGGUAGUGAGUGACAUUAAAUAGCAUUAAUACUCAAAACCCUGAAAGUUCAGGAUUUUAAUGUCUCUUAGCUCAUUGCUUUGGUUUUCUAGCUAACAUGUAGGGCCAUUUUGAUUUACUCUCACCUCUCUUAUCAGUGUAGCAGGCUUUCUUUUUUCAUUAAAAGAUAAAAACGAAACAAAAAACUUUUAGAUAUACACCACCAUCUACCUGCUUAGCACCAAAGUUACACAAACACAUUUAUUGAUUAGUUGGUGGACAUAGUGGAACGUUGAUCAGCCAACCAGCUAGAUAUUUCACCUCAGGAAUCGACAGGGAUAAACUUUUAUUCUGCUGCUUAACUAAAGACAUGCAGUGUACGUCUUUUAAUAUCUACCUAAAACUGACCCACUUCUCUUUGGAGUGUACAAGUAUGAUAAAAAAAAAUAUUGAUGGUUAGAUUUUCUGUUAAAUAUUAGAACUUUUAAAUAGAUUUUUGGUUUCCUUUUUAUCCAAAUGAACCGAGGAAUAUUAGUUUUUUUUCAAUAAUUACAUCACUUGUAAUGAGGAUAAUGAGACCAAAAUUGUCUUUGGUACAAUAAAACAUGAUUAUAACAAAAAGCCAUCACAUAUCAAAAUGCCCUAAUGCUAUUACCCUUACGACCAACAUCACUAAAUAUGAAUUAAUGAGCAGGAGAAAUAGUGCCAGGGAGCUGCAAGUCUUGGCAGGAGAUUAAUGAGACCUUAACAGUAUUGGAUUUAAAUAUCAAUGCCGGCCUGUUGCUUAAACUGGCAUUAAUUGCUACCUAUUUGAUUGGUUCUGCAACCCCUUAUUUCAAAACAAUCACCGUCAUUGAGAGAUUAGAAGAAGGAGGGUUGGGAGGCCAAUUGAGUGCUCAAAGCUGUGUCAUUUAUCAGCUGGCGCUGUGUGGCGGCUCUUUUGAUCACGUGGGCGUGUUUGGCGGAAAAAAAAAAAGAUCUCAGCCUACAGACUUGACUGACGGCCUCUAGAGGCUGCAAUGUCAACUAAAGCUCACAUCAUUUAGAUAUUUAAAUGGUUUAGAAUAUAAUAAUCGUAUAACACAGUCUAAUAACAACCUUUUUAUGCACAUAUAUUUGUGCGAAAGUUUCCCUUUUCAAGCUGAGAGUGUUGGUAGAUUUGUAGGAAUUCAAGUGGUUCAUCUUCAGGGGAACGAGACUAAAUAAAGAAGUUUUCAUUUCAUCAUUCAAUCUCAUUGUUUUAGUGUACAAUUAUGCGUUUUAGCUUAAUAAUGCAAGAUGAGAGAUCUGGGCCACCCAAACCAUCUGGUGUAAUCUUCUGGGAACCAUGAAUAAUGAAGCCGUUAGAUAAGAGUGAGCAGACACACCAUCCUGGAACAGACACAAGCAUCAUUAGUCUGUGCUGUUCGAGGGUCGAACAGUCAAUCCAGCAUGGUGGUUUUGUAUUUCUUUGACAGUAAUCACUGAAAAUAGAACGGGUGUUUCUUUUGUCUGUCUCUCACUCUCACUUGCUUUAUUUUUCUUUCUCUCUUUCUCUCAGAGUAAUUGAUAUGAUAUGAGCGCUGGCAAGUGUAAUCUUCUUUUAAUUAAGACCUGCUGCUGGCUUCAGCUUCACACUGAUACUGACUUACAGCUCGCUUCCUCUCGUUUUUCUUCCACCUCUUCUAUCCUCCUGUUUUUCCUCUUCCUCUGCCCCUCCAACUUCGACUUACUCAUAUUUCUCUUGUUAUCUCAACACUCAACCCUUUCCUCUCAACCUUUGCUUCCUGGCCUUCUUAUCCUCUGCUCUGUCUGCGUUUAUUACCCCUUUCUUUUCUCCUUUGUCAACUCUUCCUCACUUUCACUGCAGACCCACCACCACGAAGAGGAAAAGAGAGCCCUCAGCCGAGAAAUCAUCGUCCUCAACAACCACCUCAUGGAGGCAAAGAUCACUAUCAAUAAACUCAGAGAGGACAACGUGAGUAGACUGGGAUGAAUACUGUAAUUUCAGUGAGUAGACACCCCAGGCAGCUUUGUGCGCAAAUGCUUUUGCUUCCUGAAGCUCCUGCUGGGGGGUUUUAAAGUUGCCUGCAGACCCACGAAUUAAGCAGUAGCCUGGGGGCAUUCAGGACCAAAGAGAUCAGAGACCCUGGGGCAUUUGCUUUCCUUGUCUGGUCAGAAAUCCAGACUUGUUAGCAGCAUCACAUCGGUUGCUAGGGAGACAAAAAUGGCAACAAGGAAAAAAGCUGUAUUUUGUUCUAGUGGAGGCUUGAAAAAAAACUAUAGGUUAAGCAUCAUGUUGCAUACAUUUCUGAGACAUGGUGGGUACCUGUGCUCCAAGGAGACACAGCAGAGAAGAGGAAUUGACUCUAAGCCACAGAGUGUGUCAUUGUGGUUAUAGUGGAAACAGCGGGCACUCUCAUGGCUUCUCUAAACUCAGGGUAUGCAGGGUAUGUGGCAGUCUGCUGCCUCGUUUUCUAUGAAGUGAUUCAACUUGUAUUUCAACUGGAGGGGGAGGCGAGGUUAGUGAGAUCUUCUCUCAAGGGUCAAUGGUGGUUUUCACCACUUCUGAGCCUCAGAGUAUUUUGAGAAUCCCCCCAGAUCUGGCCAGGCUGAUUGGAGUCAAGGUUCAUUUUGAGUGGGAAGAGUAUUUGUCACAUUGGAGCCGGCAGCAGUGUAGGCAUUUCCUCCGGGGAGCAGGCUCUGAAUUUACUGCUUACUCUAAAACAGUGAAACAAGUCAAUACCAUGAUAUGUACAACGAUGCAUUUGUGUUGAAUAAAAGGUAUUUUAUUUGCUUACUAAGAAGUGAUAAAACUAUAUAAAAUACAUAUUACCCCUUUAAUGCCUUUUGUCUCAUACUUGAUACAUACUUUUAUAUACUUUUAUCAAAUCAAUAUGAUCAACAAAUUACUAAAAAAAACACCUGAAUACAGUCCGAUAAUUGAUAAAAAUGUCCUCUUGAAGUUCAUCAGUUUCCAAAAACAUCUAAUGUGUCAAAAGAGAUAAAUAAAUAUAUAUGUUAAAUUUUAAGGACAUUCUGAUUUUUUUGGCUUUCAGUAGUAAGUGAAAUAAACAUUUUAGCUCCAAAAAAAAUAAAAUAAAAGAAUUUUCUGGCCAUAAUUUGUGAUGUCAGACAUUAAAGAGUUAUGAGGACAGAUUUAGGAAAGGGUGUAAUGGACACAGAGCUUUCCUAAAAGAUACUGACUUGCCACUGAGGCAGCAGGCCAACAUUCCCAGGAGAAACACAGCACACAGCUGAUGUUAACUAAGACAUCACCAAGGGUCUCAAAGGUCCAUUUAAAAUGUCCAGGAAACUACAGGAAGCCUAAAUGUCCCCCGGCGACAAAAUGACAAGUAGACAGAGUGAUUCAGAAAGCAGUCAGUGUUAAAUAUAAAGUGUCAAAAUGAGGGCUCUGAUGUAAGGGGUUGGGGAGGGGUGUUGUCAGAGCUGCGGUGUGACAGAGGCACAGGGAGGCUGCUACAAUGCAGUAAGAGCUGACCUUUAUAAGUGGAUGGAUUUCACAGAGGAGAGAGAGGAAUUGAAAGCCGGCUAAACCAGCUUACCACCCACCCACACACACACACACACACACACACACACACACACACACACACACACACACACACACACACACACACACACACAUGCAUUCAGAAAACACAAAAAACAAUUAAAAUGUCCAUCUGCUGUGGCAUUGGGCCACCCGUAUUCUGCUCUGGAAUUUAAGUGAAAAUUAAAAAACAUCUAUUAUAGAGAGAAAACACACAGAAGGGUAUAAAUAAGGCUGCACCGGCCUUCCUGUGCUGGAAGGUGUAGAUAAGUGGAAGCACUAUGUCAGAAACCCCAAGUGAAAUUUGCAUAUUAGACUUUACUGGACAGACACAAGUUAUAUUACACAUGAAAAAGCUGAUAUCCACCUAAUGGAAUAAUACUGCCAAGGUGAGGACUAUUCGUGAAGUUAUCAAGCUCUACCAGCCAUAUUGAUGAACUUACUUCUAGGAUUUGAUGGGUCACUAAAUCAGUAAAUGACCCUUUUUUUUUAACACAAUUUUCCCAUAGAGUAAUCUAUUGCAUAUUAAAAUCUAUGGAAUAUCCUUUGCUGUACUAAAAAAUUCUAAUAUAAGUUAAAAAAAAAUCUUUCAAAGCAGCUAAUGAAGUUAUAAAUGCCUCAUAAUGAUGUAUGGAUACAAUUUAGAUGUGUUGUUGCUGUACUACCACGCCAACAUUGCAUGUAUAAUGCAUAACUGUGUAAUUAUUUCCCCCAGUAGUCCCCAUAAUUAAAAAAUAAUUACACCACAAUUAGAGAGCUGACAUGGAAAAUGUGACAGGUUUCUCCCAGGGGUGCUGGAACAUAAUCCCCAUCGGUCAGAAGCUUACUGGAACCAUCAGGCUGCAAGAUUAUGAAGCAUGAAUUCAGGGAUUGAGGUUAUUCUUUCUGCCUUUUUCAGGACCUAUACAGGAAAGACUGCAACCUGGCAGCCCAGCUGCUGCAGUGCUCCAAGUCUCACUACAGAGCACACAAGAUGUCCGAGGUGAGCCCCCCUACACCACAUCUGUGUCUCAAUUUAUAAUAUAUCUGCCGCAAAAAGGUAUUAAGACUAGAUCUGCUUACCAUGCAAUUUAAAUCACAAUUUGAAUCAAAGGCUCAGGAUUUCUCCAGCAAGAGUUGCAAGAAAAUUAUAAAAACAAGCAUCAGGACUCUCAUGUUUGGGAACAACAACCAUGAGAUAAAUAAUUAAAACUUCUGAUUAAGAUUAAGGCUGCAUGAUCACCGUUCAACAUCGUCUUUCUGUGUUGCAUUAUUCCUAUAACAAAAAGAGGUUUCCUGUGUCAUGUCAGUGUAACACUGAAGCCUUGGUGAGCGGUCUUCACAAUACGACAGAGUCACAGUGCUCAUGGCCUUUUCAGUCAGACUGAUGAAGGUCUGCUGUCUGAAGUGCCAUCUGUCUGCACCCUGGCUAUGCAUAAUGCAUGAAUGAAUGAAUGAAGCCUGGCCUGAGACGACACCUGAUGCACACCUGAUGAAAAGUCUCCCAACAGAACGAGUUAGUGACUGAGUGAAGCAACAUAUAAGGACAACAAAGAAGGCUGAGGACAUAUAAAAUGAUAAAAAUGCACCGUACCUUUCAAAUUAGCAAAAACAGAUUUUUGCUUAUGCAUAUUGCUUAUGUCAACAACUUCAUGUGCUCUAAACCAGUAGCUAAUUUCUUUCUCCUCAUUCACUUCCUUUUAAAGAUCUUUUACUGAUUACCAGUAUACUGUAUAGCUACCAUUAUAUUCCAUCACUAUUUUGUGUCUUUUAAGACCUGAUUAUAAGCUGUUGCUGAAAAAUGUAACAAAAUAAAACUUAAAAAACAAAAAUUUGAAAACUGUUUUGAGACAUAACUGUAAAUUCUUUUUCAUUAGUGUUAUAUUUUCAGGAAAAAGCUUGGUAACACUAUAUUUGAUGCCUAUCUCUGUAACAUAUUAUAAAUAUAUGCAUAAUACAUUAUUAUUACAUUAUAGCACUGUAUAACUAUAGUCAUAAACACUCAUAAAUGAUCAUAAUGCUUUAUAGCAAUAAUCAUAACACAUUAUAAACCAUUUUAUCAUGACUUACAAGGUCAGAGUUGUACUGCAUUAUCUAUGUGGGCUUUGUCAGUGAGUCUAACUAUCGUUAUACAGUGCUGUAACAUGAUUAUAAUGCAUUAUACAUAUAUUCAUAGUGCGUUAUAGAGCUAGGCGUCAAAUAAAGUGUUAUCAAAAGGUUUUAAAGAGGUGUAGAAAAUUGCUGUAACGGCUAAAUAAUAAUAGCCAGUUCAAUUAUACCCCAUUAGACGUCUUCCUUAUAAGCGGAGCAGGACCUGAAGACAUGCGUGCCGUCACGUGGACUCAAACUGUUAAACUGUGUGGCUUUUAAUUAAGAUCUGCCUGAGAUAGCAGCUACUGCUGAGCUAGCCUACUUGGAGCACACACUGUAUAUUAUCCCUUCUCUUACAGCCUCACCUACUUCCCAUCUCUAUUCCCUCUGGGAGAGGCAGCUGCUGCUAAAAAUAGCCCUGUCUUAAAAGAUGCAGGUUAUUUUAUGCCAAAGCGAGCUUCUAUUUUUUAACAAAGCCAAGUCAGUAUUUUAUCUUUUUUUUCUAUUCCCAGCUGGAGACCUGGAGCACUAGUUUAAUUUGAAUCUAAGCCGUUCCCUGUGGAGCUGAUAUGUGUUUGAUGGUAGACAGAAUAAAGAGACAGGGAAAAAAAGAGACUGAGAGAGAGGGAAUGAAAACUCUUUGGUUGAGAAGGCAGUGGAGCAGGAGGAGGGAGAUGAAAGGAUUAAGAAAGGGAGAAGAAAAGAGAGAAAUCAGUGUGGCAGGAACAGUUCCUUCUGACCCUGACCAGCUUUAAUUGGCACAAAGAACCCGUCUGUAAUUGACAGGAACAGAUUUCCUUAAACAUGAGCCAAUCAAACAGAUUAGAAGUCUGUCUGCAUGUGUAUACGAGGAAAAGAAGCCGAGGAGGCUGUAGAGGACAAGAAGACAGAAAUAUUCUUCUAUGUUGAACAUUUUUUAAACAAUUUCAUCAUUUUUGAUUUUUAUUGAUGACAUGAGUUAAAUUUAAGAGAACAAUACAUGGUAAAGCUAUGAAUGGAGUUGCGUUAGGAGGAAAAGGAAUUAAUAGAGGAUGAUAAAUAGAUAAAGGCGUGUGCUUAGCAGUCCUCUGAUGGGUUUAUUAGGAAGGCCAAGCAGUGCAGUUACCUUGAGAUCCACCAGUUGGUCUUGACUGUGUGAACUUUGCAAGAAUGAAUACUUUCUAAACUACAGCAACAGAAUUAAGUCCUGCAGGAACGGCUCUAAAAAUACCCUCAGUGCAGAUACAGAAAAACUCAAAUACGCUUCAAGUGUUCCUUCAAGAUUUUUGUACAGAAAAGUCGAGGAUUUUAAGGAAUACUUGAUUUUUCAAACUCUUGAUGGUCUCAUAGAGAAAAAGCCAUAGUUGCACGAAAACACAAAAGUGUGUGUUGGUCUUUAUUUCCCAGCAUCAUUAAGCUUUUUCUUCUUUUUAAAUGUUUGUUUUCUCUUUUUUUUCAGCUUCCACUGGACUUUCAGGAACGUAUCAGCACCCACAUUGAGAAACAUAAUCGUGGUAGCGGAGCCACCAUACCGGUUUCACACUCCAAUUACUCUGACGCCGUGCCAACAGCCAUAAUUGCCAAAGUCCUGGAAAAGCCUGAACCAGGAAACAGCUGCCCUGUAACACGCUCUCCAAGCCCACAACCACAGGAUGGAGAUUUUCUCACAGGUACAGGUAGCACCGAUCACCUGAACCGCCGCAUUGCUUAUAAGACAUCUGACUUGUACUGCAGUGAUACGGCCCUCUACUGCCCUGAAAGGUGGCAAGACAGUGAGCGCAGGCAGAGCAUUGACCUUCAUGGCACCAACCUGCUCCAGCUUCAUGCCCAGAACUCAACAGACAGCAAUCCAGAAGAGGAGGCCUACCACUCUGGAAGCUUCUCCCACCAUGAGCCUCCAUCCUCCUUCCACCACCAUGAUGAGUUUGGCACCGGUAGCCUCCCUGCUUCCAGCACUUACUCCAGUUUCAGCCUCGCAUCAGAUGACAAGGGAGGAGUUAGUGGUGGCUGCGGGCCCACUGCAAGCAGCACGUUAUCCUCUUCCCACCAGGGUCUCUACAUGGAGUGGCGGGAUGAUGGCAGUGGGGACUAUGGGCGCAAAAGCACAUCCUCUUACGAUAAAGACAGCCCAAGUUUUCCCAAGUCUCUCAGCAUCCAGCACAUAAUGACCUCCAGGAGUCCACAGAAAGGCAGCGCACCAGCAUACACAAGGACGUCCUCAUGCUUCAGUGAACCGUACCACUCCAGUACACCCCGCCUGGCUUCCUCUCACAGUAUGGGGUCCACGACAGGACUUGGCCAGGCCCGAGGGGGAACCCUUGACAGCCAAGGUGACAUCCAGGUCCCUGAGGAUGAACUAAGCAGCCGCUGGAGACAGCUCAGCGUGGAAGACAUCAACACAUUCUCUUACCGUAACCUCACAGGCCGGGCCUCUCCGUACAGUUUCUCUGAGCGUCACUUUGAAAUGGGCCCCUCCACGAAGGUCAAAGGAAACCUGUACAGCAGCUUUCAAGAAGAUGAUGUCUUCCACAGUCGUGUGCUCGACCAAUGCUUUGAUUUGGGUUCCCCCUCAACCAGUUGCAGUUCUAAACCGAUGGAGCAUCGCAAACAGGAGAAAACAUCCAUGAUGUAUCGAGCUAAGGAUGACAGUCAGGACUCUGAGUGCAGUCUGUUCCUCUCAGGAAGCUCAAAAGAGAAGGAGAGCAGUGUGGGAGCAACGGCGGCAAGCAGCACCAAGAAGGACUAUGUGAAUCUGAGCGCAGACAGUUCGCCCGAGUCCCUACGCCAAAGCUCCCUUGAAGCCUCUAGUCUUCAACACUACCCCACCCCCAGACCGAGCGUCCGGCCUCGACCGAGCUCCAGUUCAGCUGUCAGCGUUGGCCCUGCACUCCCAAAGAAGACCUCUCCAAGAUACCAAAAAUUUGGCAGCACAGGACUGACAAGGAAGGACAGUUUGACCAAGGCGCAGCUAUACGGUACACUGCUGAACUGAGUGGCAAGAGCAAGCUUUUUAUUUUAUGCAUGAGAAUGAUGAUGAUUUCUAACUUCCUGUACUGUACUGUACUGUACUGUACUGUACUGUAUGUCUCCAACAUUUCCUGCAGCAAACACAUACUUGGUGUGAUCAGGUAUGAGGUUGCUGUUUUCUCAUGUAUUACUUAGCCAAGACACUUUUCUUGCAGUCUGCAUCACUUUUUAUACAAUGUAUGUCAUGCAAAGCUGUAGCUACCUGAUUAGCUAUUCAAUGUUUUUGUUCUGAGGAUAACGAUUAUUCAAAGCCACCGAGAUAAAACCACAGCUCUGGCUACAUAAACACACUGUGCUAUUUGCUCUUUUUUUUAAUUUCAAGUACUGUUAGUAAAACCAGCAAAAGACCAUCAACUCUGCGCUCAUGUACAGUACGGAUGAUGGAAUUAAGUGUGUGCUUUAGGGUGACUUAAUUAUAUGUUCGGGAGAAAGUUUAUUAAUUAAGUAUUGUGGACCCUGCUGACUGCAAGCUGUUAAAACAAUUUAUUUUCUCUUGACAUGCAUGCUGUUUAAUGCAUAUAAAUAAGAUGUACAAACACAUUUGCGGUUAAAUUGUUUCACAGGGGGACAUUACCCCCAAACAGAACUUAUAUAGAGGGAUUUUAUUUAUUGGCUACAUUAAAGAUGCUAUAAAAAGGUGUAGUAUAUUUAAACCUCAUGUGUUGUUUAUAGCGAAACGCUAAAUCUAGUGCUAAGAGUUCCUGAUGUUAAAUCUUUAACUUAUUUGGGAAAUUAAAAAUUCCUGAUCUUAUCUGUUAGAAUGUUAGGUGUUUAAAUGACGAUAAGGCGUACAAGAUAAAGUUGAUGUAUUACCAGUUAAAUUGUGCGACUUGAAACACUCUCAGCAGAAAUGAUCAAAAGGAACUACAAAGUGGAAUUUUUCUUAUUUUUGUAUGAAAAUAAAAAGAUUUAAUCUCAGUCUGUACUGCACAGAAUAUGCCCUCUUAGCAGGACACUUGUGGAAUUGCCUUAAUAACUGUGUACAUACAGUAUAUAAAUCUCCUCUAUUGUUACUAUACAAAUACACUACUGUUAUAGCACAUGUUCUUCCUGUCAGACACGGCACAUACAUACACACAGCUUAUUGUCAAAUAAUUACGUCCGUUCUUGCGUCGAGUAUAGUUUCAGUGACGCUGAAGCCUGAUCCCAGCCUGAAAAUCCUGCAAGCGGAGUCAAAUCUCUGCCUUGUUACACACUCUUCUGGAGCUCCUUGCACAAACUGAAAACAAAAAAGUGCUGGAUCUUCUAGUUUUCUGGAGGGAUGAAUUGGAAUAUGCUCCAGGCUGGCUGGCAGUUCAGCAAAGUAUGCACAAAAAGUUCACAGAAGAAAAAAAAAAAAAAGUACUCGCGAAAGAAAGAAAGAAACAGCCGGUCAAAUCCAAACCUGUACAGUGUGUUGUUUUGAUACCAGCAUGCUCAAUUAGAGAAAACACUGUGAAAAUAGACAAAGCCUGUGUUUAUUUACGUACAUAGAAAAUGGCAAAGACAUGCUGUCCUGUUGGUGAUGAAAACCCCACCUUUUGUUGUUCAAGACAAAUUUCAAACAUCUGUGCACUUUUUUUGGCAUGCUAGAUCUUUAAGAGUUUCUUUUGUCUCACAGGCCUGCAGAUCUAAAAGGAAUGCGACAGGGAUAAGCUAAAUAAUGGGACCUCUGCUAUUCCCUAGAGAGGUCCUGGAUGUUAUUUUUUAGAAGGCAAUGCUUCUACCUCUCCCACUCCUGCAGAUCUGGGAACUGGCUUAAGGCUGUUUUAAAUACUUAAAAGAUAAAUCCCUUCUGUUUGACCUGGUGGUGUUUACGAUAGCGAAACUGCAGCAAAUAAAAGCCCCAGAAGGUAAUCAUAUUCCUAUUUGCUAGUAUCUAAGGAGCUAAAAAAAAGUCUGGAAUUAAAGUGAACUAAUGAACAGGGAUCAAGGGAAAAUAUGGCAUUUUUGUUGUAUAAAAACAUUAAAAUACUGCACACAAAAAUGGUGUAACUCUAUACCUUUUUCAAAUGGAGCAUUGAGUUGGUGUUAUAUUCACUGAAUGUGAAGACCCUGAAUGAAGAGGCUGAAGUGGUUCUGUCCUGUCCUACCUCCAGCUCUGUUCCAGGAACAACAGGCCAGCUGUCGAAAUGUCAAAAUCUGUCUGUCUGAUGCAUGGUUAUACAUUUUUGUUGUAUGUUUAUUUACUUAAUAAAGAUGGGUGUUGGGAAAUGCA